AUGCUAUUCCCCGCCAUUUCAUCGCGGGCUACCGUGGAGUUUGCUCUACUCUCCUGGGCAGUCCAAUCAGCUUUAGGGGCGACGUUUGAAAACUUAUGCCGUCAUCUGGAGCAAAAUUUGCGGAUUGAAAAUGCAACCAUAAAUUUAGUACAAUAUGUCCCGAGCGAGAGUACUUUACUCUUUCCAGAUAACGACAUCAGCUGCAAUCGAUCAUCGCAAAUUGUGGCGGCAGAUAUUUGCAGAAUAGCAUUAUUCGUGGGAACCUCUCCGUCCAGCGGGGUCCAACUCGAAGCUUGGCUUCCUCGCAAUUGGACAGGAAGAUUUCUAAGCACUGGAAAUGGUGGAUUAUCUGGAUGUAUCCAAUAUGAGGAUAUGAAUUAUGGCACGUCGUUGGGAUUUGCUACUGUGGGUACGAAUAAUGGACAUAAUGGGACUUCAGGGCAAGCUUUUCUUAACAAUCCCAAUGUGAUCAAAGAUUACUCAUAUGGAUCGGUUCAUACCGGCGCAGUGAUUGGAAAAACUAUCACUAAUGCAUUUUACGGCCGAAACUUCACAAAAUCGUAUUAUAUAGGCUGCUCAACAGGUGGGAGACAAGGUUUCCAAUCUGCGCAGAUGUUCCCCAGUGAUUUUGAUGGCAUUGUUGCCGGCUCUCCAACUCUCGAUUUCACACACCUCACUGCGUGGGCGGGAUGGCUCGGCAUAGUAACCGGCUACAACACCAACGAUUCCGGAUUUGUUUCCCCAGCCCUAUGGAAGACAAUUCACCAAGAAAUACUGAAACAGUGUGAUAGUUUGGAUGGUGCUGUUGAUGGAAUCAUUGAAAAUCCUGAUCUCUGUUAUCCAAAUUUGGAUAUCCUUCGAUGCAAUCGCCGAUUGACUCAUAACUGCCUUAACAGCGAGCAAUUACGGCGUGCUAGUGGAGUAUUCGAGCCGUUUACUUACUCCAAUGGUUCGCUCAUAUUUCCGCGAAUGCAACCAGGGAGUGAACUUGAGUCAUCAGACACCUUUUAUAGUGGUCUACCAUCACCUUAUGUCUAUGCCGUGCAUGGCAACCCUGCAUGGAGUGCACUAAAUCUCACUCUAGCAGAUGUAACUUUUGCUCAACAAUUAAAUCCCUUUGGAAUAAAUACUUGGAACGGGGAUCUUAGCAGCUUUAAUGCUUCAGGUGGUAAACUGCUACACUACCAUGGCUUGCAGGACUAUCUAAUCUCAUCCGAGAACUCCGCACGCUAUUAUAAUCUUGUUAGAGAAACAAUGUCUAGAACACACGUUGAAUUGGAUAAUUUUUAUCGAUAUUUUCGUGUCUCUGGAAUGGGACAUUGCCGCCAUGGCCCUGGUGCCUGGAUGAUUGGGCAAUCCACCAUAGGGAGAACGGGGAUUGAUCCAAAGAAGAAAGGCUCGGCUCCUGAAACUAUACGGGGUCUGAAGUAUCGUGAUGACGACCCGAAGGCUGAGAUUUUGCUCACAAGGAGACAUUGUAGGUACCCAUAUCAGAAUCGGUAUACGGGUCCUCAGCCUCUAAGUGACGACGAAUCUUGGACUUGUAUGCUUUAA